CUAAAUUUACUGCAAAGUGCUUAUGCAUUUUUCAUUUCUAUAGCUAUGCAUCGGUGUGAAUAAUUCUACCAUAUUUUCGAUCAUAUCAAGAAAGUCUCCCUUCGUACUGAUUUAUUCGUUUACCAGCACUUAAAAUCACAUUUCUAUUAAUGUUGUAUUCGUUUUUUCAGUCUUUUCGAUGCUUAAAACUUUACGCUAUGAAGAUGAAUGGCACCGGUGAAAUCAACAGAGAAGUUUUACAAACCAUCACGUCAUGCAAUAAUUUAGUUUCUUCUACAACCAAAAAAAGAGAAAGAAACGAAAUGGGAACUUUAACUCGCGAAGAACGUCGUCGUCGUCGCAGAGCCACGCAAAAGUAUCGUACCGCACAUGCGACGAGGGAACGUAUUAGAGUCGAAGCUUUCAAUGUAUCUUUCGCUGAGCUUCGAAAACUGCUCCCUACGCUGCCACCAGACAAGAAACUAUCAAAAAUUGAGAUUUUACGCUUGGCUAUUUGCUAUAUUGCUUAUUUAAAUCAUGUUCUUGAUGCGUAAUUAAUUCAUUUAUUUUUAUUAACAGCUAAUUAUUAUUAACAGCUUUUUAUUAACUACUUAGAUGUAAAACUGAUUUUAUUUUCGUCAGAUAUCCAUAAUUAGAUUAAAUACUAGUCAAUUAAGUGUUAUGUUCUUUUUUAUAUUUGUGUUUAUGUAAUUACAAUGUAUUAAACAUAUCAUAAACUUACUUAAAAAAUAGAA